AAGGCUUCAGCAGAUUGCACUGUUUGCCGGGUCGUCCCAGGAGGAAGCGCUGGCGGGUUUACUGCUGGCCAGUCGACAGCAGCACUCUUUCACUCUCACUUUAUGGUCCUGUGAUCGAGGGGCGCAAUAGACCUGAUGGUCCGCAUAUUCAACGCGGGCGUCCUGGGGGCGUGCAUCCGAAGCCUCCUGCUGGCCAACAGGGCGCUUAGCUACACGGAGCUCUCGGAUGAGCGCCUCAAGCAGAUCGCCCUUGAUCCCGCCGACUUCGACAUCCACAACAGCAACGGGUUAUUGGCGCCGUUGCUCAUCACGCGUGUCCCCGGCACCGAGGGCCAGGUCGUCGCUCAGAACCAUUUUGUCAACUUCUUCAGCUCACAUCUGCCCUUGUGGCAAGUCUCAUGGCAGAACUCGACGGGCACCACGCCCGCCACGGGGUCCCGUGAGCUGCCCUUCCAGAACAUCAUCUUCAAGCGCGAGCCGCAGUGGUGUAUCGACCGGCCGGGGACGUGCGGGCUCUUGACCCUCGUCGCGCACUAUGACUCAAAGAUUGCGCCAGAAGGGUUCAUCGGCGCGACAGACUCGGCAGCGCCGUGCGCGAUGUUGAUGUACACUGCAAAGACGAUAGACGCGCAGCUCACCAAGUUGUGGGAGGGCAUGGAGGCGAGCGGUGAGAGGAGCAAUGUUGGCGUGCAGAUUGUUUUGCUCGACGGCGAGGAGGCGUUUGUGACGUGGACGGCGACGGAUUCGUUGUACGGUUCGAGAGCACUCACUACGGAAUGGGAGAAUUCGCCUCUUCCCGGUGUGGCAACCUAUCACGACCCAAUGGACCAGAUCAGCCUCUUCGUGCUACUGGACCUUUUGGGUUCGGCGGGCCCCAAAGUGCCCAGCUACUUCCAGUCCACGCACUGGGCGUACCGGCGGAUGGCCCAGAUUGAGAAGCGCAUGCGGGAGCUGGGAGCGCUCGAGGCGACGCCCAUGUCGGCCUUCCUGUCAGACCACGACAAGCAGCCGUCGGCGUUUACGAAAUCCUGGGUUAGCGACGACCAUGAGCCGUUUAUGCACAAGGGCGUGCCUAUCCUGCACAUCAUUACGACCCCGUUCCCGCUGGUGUGGCAUACCAUGGACGAUGACGGCGAUCAUCUGGAUAUGCCGACUGUGCACGACUGGGCUAAGAUUACGGUGGCUUUCACGAUGGAGUGGAUGGAUUUGAUGAAUGUCUCGAGCACGGCGAUGACAUGAUGAGCACAUUGUCGCAUUUCUUUUUUUAUGGAGGGAAGGAAGUGUGUUGCAUGUACAUCCUCAAGUAGGCAUUGGGAAUUUCGCCAAGAAAGAACUAGCUGGUGG